GUGUGUGUGUGUGUGUGUGUUUUAGGUUUUGUUUGUUUGUUUUUUGCUAUAAAACCACAGGGAGUCGCAUUUAGCUGCACUCUCCCUCCUUAGUGUUUAAAUUUUAUUUUGUCAUCAGCUUGUAUGAACUAUCUCAUCUCGCCUCCUGCUUUUGAGUAUUGGCAUUGUCAGCUCCUUCCAGCACUUGUACAAAGAGUCCCUAUUUCGGGACUGAAUGAAAGACUCAAUUUAAAGUAACCGCACUUGCUGGACUGGGCCUGCUUCAGACCCUGGCUAACUAACCCGUUACCAAGUAGCUCUAGACAUCAUCCCCUAAGGACGGAGCCGCCCAGCUUUGAAAGCUAAACCACAGCAAUUGCACCAACCAGUUGGGCGUAAGACUAGAAACUGGGCACCAACUCUGGUUAGUGCGUUGCUCUCACAUCUCAGUUUUGUUUUAGGCAUUAUCCAAACUACCAUUAGCAGUAUCUGCAGCAUCCUGGUGACUACAUGCAGAGUGUUUGAUGCCAGAGUUUCACCCAGAGUGCUAGGAAGGCUUUCAACCCGCUUCCCUCCUGCUCAAUUCCAUCCGGUCCCAGUUAAUUCCAUUAAACCUUUGUGGUGUGUGCUAGAAAGGCCACCAGUUAGUUUCAAGACUCUUCCUUUGGAGGACAUGCCUGUGGUCUUACCAAGACUCACCAGCAGGUGGGAAGCUGAUGGGUGUAGCUGCAACAGCACAAAAGCGAUGAUGUUUAUAUUUGGGUAGGGUGGUUGCAGCUCAGAUCAAGGUGUGAGAAAGGCAAAUGCGCCGAUUGGGCUUCACAGGGGUCCCCACAAAGCCUAUCAGCUUCUCUAGGCCAGCACCAGGCUGAAUCGGGUGUGUUUGGCCAAGAGUAUGCCCUGUUCGCAUGGGAAAAGCAAGUCAAGUCAACCUCACCCUGAAGUGCUGACUAAGGUGUGAAAAUCUUCUUGAAUACUUCAUCAGCAUAUUGUGCAAAUUUGAAGCGUGACUCUCUGGCAGAGGUCUGUUUUGGGUUAUUUCUUAACUUCAUUCAGACACAGCAGAGGCACUGUGGAAAGCCAAAGAGCUGGCAGACGUGGCUUCUUGACAGUAGGGCUUUUAGCAUGCCAUCUGGCUGAUAACGAGACGGAUCAGAUGUGCAAACAGGAUUUGGCUCUUGUGUCACCCAGUCUGAUGUCAAGGCUGUUUGAAGGUUGAAAUGCAACGUCUUUUGCUUAGGGGAGUUUGGUGAAUCUCUCAUAAUUUCACUUCCUUAUAUAUUAUAUACAGUGCACAUGACAGAAGUUGGCUGGGAAUAGCUGGGUUGAGAAACAGGGUUUUCAUCGUGCCAACUAUUGCCUUUUAGGCAGCUAUAAACAUAUUUAAAAGCAGAAGUGUUUGUGGGGAGUAGGGCCCAAAGCUGUGUAUAAAUCUGGAGAGAGAAAAGCGGUUGAACAUCUCCAUGAGAAGCAGAAGUGAAUCUACUAUUUCCUGUACUCAGCAAGGGAAAAUGCCUGGCAGAGACAUAUUGCAGCCAGAUCGUUCUUAAUCAGUAUGCUCUGCAGUCUUCAGUUAACUUUCUCCCUUAUUUUAACAUUUAUCGUAAGCACAAGAGAGUAAUUUGGGUUGAGUCAGACAGUGAGAAGACGAUCAGUGCGUGGGGUGGGUUCUGCAAGACUGGCAGCAGACACCUGGCUGGGAAGGAUGCGGGCGGCCAUAUUCUGGUUCUCAAUCCAGAAUGCAAUGAAAUUUUAUUGCAUUAUGCACAUCUGGCAUAUGAGUUGUUUCUUGUGAGGUUUUUGGUUGGUUUCAGCUCAUCUGUUGGGUAAUAUCAGCUUAAACUGAGCAAAGUGGUGUCAGACAAGCUAAAUAUUCAAAAAGAGCUGACCACAUUACCUAUGCAGGAUGACUAGCAGUGAGAGAAGACCAUGAGGGCUUAGGGUCAUCCCAUGGCAGAAACUGCAUUUAUUGACAAAUAUGAGACCUUUCCUGUGCCUACCACGAUAUAUUGACGUGCAAUGGCUCAUAUAGAAACCUUCCAGAGGAACAAGCUGCCUUUCUAAGCAUGAAUUGAGGGAGCAAGCAUGGGAACCGUGAGCACAACUAGGGGCCCGCAGGGAGGAAACAGCAAUGCAGUGUGAGCCCCCUUCUUUCUACUUGAAGUUCACACACCAGCACCACCAAACAGUUCUCCUUGGGUGCAUGGAAGGCAAAGACACUAAGGGGAUAUGAGAAGUAUCAAUUGACUCUUACUUCUGUGUGUCACGACAGGCUGGGACCUCAAGUCCUCGAUUCAUCUCUUGCCAAGGCUGAUCAAGACCCGUGCACAGCCUCCUCCAUUUAGAUAGCAUCAGUGAAGAGCCAGUCGUGAGCAUAUCAGCCCACAGGCCAAGAAGGAGGCUGUGGCACAGUGCAGAGGGGUGGCAGGGAGCCAGACGGGCUCUUAGUGACUCUCAUGUGGCACAAGACCACUGACAUGUCUUUCCAUUUUAAAGGGACCUGCUGCAGAUGUUUAAUCUCUGAGCAGAUGAAAGAAAAGCCAGGAAAUUCAGCAUGACAGAAGCACCACCUGAAGUGACAACCGAAUACGUUUUCUACGAAAGUGCUUUAGCCUGUGAUGAAAGUGACAUCCAAGCAUUUGGAAAAAUAUUUCUGCCAUUGUUUUAUAUCGCCGUGUUUGCUCUUGGCCUUGCAGGGAAUGUAAUGGUGGUUUUGGCCAUCGUGAAAGAAGGCAGUAAAAAGAGCAUUACUGAUAUUUAUCUCAUGAACUUGGCUGUCUCGGACCUUCUUUUUGUGAUCUCUCUCCCCUUCUGGGCUUCCAACACGGUGAGGGGAUGGACCCUUGGCACUAUCCCCUGCAAAGUUGUGUCCUCACUGUAUUACAUCGGAUUCUUUGGGGGCAUGUUUUUUAUCACUGUGAUCAGUAUUGACAGAUACUUGGCCAUUGUCCGGGCAACGUACUCCAUGAGAUCCAGAACGAUCAAGCACAGCCUUCUGAUAACCUGCGGGGUAUGGGCAACAGCAGUUCUGGUUUCGGUGCCACAUUUUGUGUUCUCCCAGAUGUUCGAAAAUGACUGCAUCCCUGUGUUACCCCAGGAGCUGAUGAACAUCUGGCCGGUGUUCUGCAAUGUGGAACUGAACACCGCUGGUUUUUUCAUCCCAGUCUGCAUCAUAUGCUAUUGCUACUGCGGGAUCAUCAAAACCCUGCUGUACUGCAAAAACCAGAAAAAAGCACGAGCCAUAAAACUGACCUUGGCUGUGGUGAUUGUGUUUUUUCUGUUUUGGACCCCAUACAACGUACUGAUUUUUCUUGAGACUUUAAGGCACUAUGAGUUGUUUAUAAGUUGCAAUCAAAUUAAAUCACUGGACUAUGCAAUGCACCUGACCGAAACCAUCGCAUUCAGCCACUGCUGCCUUAAUCCUCUUAUCUAUGCCUUUGCUGGGGAAAAAUUCAGGAAGUAUCUUCACCGUGUCUGCUUCAAGUACUGCCCAUGCCUGUGCUUCUGUGGCCCCUGCAAUCAUUAUGACGUCCGCCCUUCAGUUAGCUAUGCAGAAAGUAUGGUGAACAGCAACAUUACCCUCAACACCAGUGACCAGGAUGGAACUGUCUUCCUCUGAAGCCAGAAUGCCUCCUUGGAAAAAGAAAUCUGUGUAGAUAUCCCUUCUGCAGGGCUAGCACUGCCAAGAGACUGAUGUUGCCCAUUGGGAAAGACCUAUGACAGCACUGAAUUACUGAUGUGUUUCUGGUUAAGCAUUAAAUAUUCUAAAGUAGUGAAUAUUUUAGAAACAAAAGCAGUACAAUAUGUCAAGGCUGAAGACUGAAGUGAAUCAAGAGAGAGGUAAAGUAGAAGCAAAAGCAGCAUCCUCUGCCCAGAACAGCGAUGGAGAAGAAUUUCGGAUAGGGACACUGUUACACAGUUUUGUCAUCUACACUUCCAUGUCCGUAUGUGCAUGUGGUAUAAAAGUACAUAGACCUUAACUCCUUUUUAAGAAAAUAUCUCUUUAAUUAGUAGUAGCCGACUGUUAAGAAAUGAGACUAUUUGUGUUGCUAUAUACUGAUCUAUAUCCAUUUGGAAGAAAUUUUGGGGAGUUAUUGAUUGCAGCAAAUGUUUUACCUGUGCUUUCAUAACUAAUAAAACCCUAAAAAACAGAGUUC